AUGUUUCAACCACUCGGUCUAUUUGCCGAAAUACCUUGUCCUCGGGGUCAAGAAUGUGCUCUCUUCACAUGCAUGUUCAACCACGAUAAGCGCACCCUAGCGACAACCAGCAGACCCUCUAACACUGCCGCCAUCCUCAGCGACGAGAGUGGGCAUGUCUCUAAGAAGCAAAGAUUAGGCGAGGUCAACUCAGCUCAGAGGGGCCUUCCAAUUUCUCUCGGAAAUCAGCAAUCUCCGAAGCUACCUGCGGAAAUCUCCUUGCCGACAUUGAGUUCAAAACCUCCUUCUCAAGGCACUCGCGGCGACGGCGUUAAGCUGCUAUCAGCCUUUCGAAAUGUAUCUCCUCCACCUCGGGCUAUAUCAGAAUCUAGGCCCGCCAAGAAUGAAGCUUCUGCCAGCAUGCGGAAGGAAAGCUUGAAUCCUCGUAUGCUCACCAAAGCCCCAGCUACCCAUGCCGUUCGGUCUGCCAUUUUGGAUAAACUCCACGGGGCUAUGUCCACGCUCAACACGAAGUUAGUUAAUUCCAAAGAUGAAUCGAACAAGUGCUUUGUUCUCAAUCCAUAUGAACUUGUGACUAUGGCCUUGGAUGAGGAGGAAAAAGUGGCACGAGAUCAUUACAGUGUUUAUUCCAACAUUAUCAAACUUCGAAUUGUCAAAUUGACAAAAAUGAAAUUGGAAGAUUGGACCGAUGAAGUGAAGACCCAUCUGAAUACCCGCUAUUACAAGAUCAAGCCCGAAGGACCUACCCAAGCCGCCCCAACCUCAACACCCAUUGACACCGGCCUCUCUGUCAAAGAGGAAAUAGCCAUCGCUGCUCAUCUCAUAACCUCACUUGACGGCCUCGAAGAGUAUGGCUAUGUCACAAAGGCACCUUCAGAGGCAGCCAUAGAAACAGCCAAGCAAGGCGUUUCCGGUUCAAAAGGCUGGGAGAAAUGCGAACGAUGCGGUGGGCGAUUCCAAGUCUUCCCCGGUCGCCGCGAAGAUGGGGCAUUGGCGUCUGGAGGCCAGUGUACUUACCAUCCCAGCCGGCCAUUUCAUCCCCCUCGCAAGAGGACCGACAAUGUUACCGGUUCCUCGGAGACAUACUUUCCCUGCUGCAGCGAAACUGUGGGUACCUCAUCCGGAUGCACCAAGGCCAACACACAUGUUUUCAAAGUAUCAGAGACCAAACGACUGGCAUCGGUACUUCAAUUCAAAACAACUCCCGCUCAGCCUGAAAAAGGACGAAUGAAUCCGGUUUCUUUCGAUUGCGAAAUGGGAUAUACAACCCUGGGCCUAGAACUCAUUCGCCUCACUGCUGUCAGCUGGCCAGAAGGCCGGGAGCUGCUUGAUGUCCUCGUCAAGCCUAUGGGAGAGGUGUUGGAUCUGAACUCGCGUUUCUCGGGCGUCUUUCCUGAGCAUUAUGCCUCCGCUGUGCCCUACGGGUCCCCGAUACCGAACGCAGCUUCGUCAGAUAGUCAGCCUGAGAAAUCCAAAUCGAUGCAUGUUGUCGAGUCACCUGCUGCGGCACGGGAACUUCUAUUGAACCUUCUUCAACCGGAUACGCCAUUGAUCGCACACGCAAUAGACAACGAUCUCAAUGCUUGCCGGAUCAUCCACCCCACUGUCAUCGACACGGUGAUUCUCUACCCCCACCCGGCCGGCGGUCUCCCUCUACGUGUUGGUUUGAAGGCUCUCGCUCGCAGAUUCCUUGAGCGCGACAUCCAAACCGGAGGGAACCAAGGCCAUGAUUCUAAAGAGGAUUCCAUCGCAACGGGAGAUCUUGUGCGAGUCAAAGUGCGCGAAUUAUGGAAGCGUCUUAAGGCAAAGGGAUGGAAAUUUGAGAAUAAUGAACUGAUCCCUCCAGCUGGUGAAGACACUCAAAGUCUCCAAGCACAUAAUAUAGGGAUGAGCGUUAGUCCUGGUGCCGGUUUUAAGAGAAAAAAGCCUCCCAUCUGA